CAAACUCGACAAAGUACAUCAGUAACAAUUUUUCUUCGUCGAGUUGAAAUUAUAUUUGGAGCUUUAGCUGCUGCUAGUCGAGUUUUAUCAUUUUGGAUAUCAACAGCAGUUACAAUUGAUCGAUACAUAUUAAUUUGUUAUCCAUCAUAUGGAAAAACAUUUUGUACAUUAAAUAAAGCAAGAAUUGUUUCACGAACAUUAUUUAUAGUUGCAUUUAUUUAUUCAGUUCCACUUCUUUUUGAAUAUGAAGUUAUAAACGUACCAAGUGUUUAUCAAAUGAUUCAGUUUGACAAUGAAUCAAUGAUAGCAAACGAUGAAAAACUUAAUAAAAACAGUAUGCUUGUGACAAAAGGUUAUACUGAUUUAGCUAAAAGAAGAGCAUAUCGUUGGGCUUAUCUUUUUUUUAAUGCCAUAUUUGUUUAUACAUUACCAACAUUAAUAAUAAUUUUUUCUAAUUUACAAUUAAUAGGUGCUUUAAAGCGUCAUAAAUCUCGUACAAAAUCUAUAAGAAAAAGACAUAGUUCGAAUCAAUAUGGAAAAAAAAAACGUCAAUCUCAUCGUCAUCGUCAUUCAAAAUAUUCUAUAACAAUAAUGGUUAUUUUUAUGGUAUUAGUAUUACUUUUAUGUCGAAGUCCAACAAUUGGUCUUUGGAUAUUAUGGUCAUUUGAAUUAACAAUAAAAACUUUUUUUGAUUCAUCAUCAAGUUCAUUUGUAAGACGUUUUCAUAAUAUAGCAAAUUUAAUUGCUAUUAUUAAUGCAGCUACAAAUUUUAUUCCAUAUUGUCUAUUUGGACAAUUAUUUCGUGAUAAAUGUGUAACAAUUUAUUGUUGUCGGAAACCAACAAGUGAACAAUUAGCAAAACAAGCAAAAAUAAUAUAUGAACAAAAAAAUGGACAUGUAAAAAUAAUUUCAAAAACAAAAACAACUAGUGAUGAACAACAUACAAUUCAGAUUGAAACAGACUGUUUACAUACAGUUUCAUCCGUAAAUUCUGAUUCACAAAGUGGAGUAAGUCCACCAUCUAAUGAUCAAAGUAUUCAACUAGUAUUUUAA